GGUCAUAAAGUGGAUCUAAACAGGCAUGGGAAGAGGCCCCUUCCUUCCGCUGAUUCAUCGGAGAAAAAAGAAGAAGAAGAAGAAGAAAACAAUAACAUAUUUCCUGUCUACUCAGCUAGAUCCCAACAGGACAUGUCCGCAAUGGUGUCAGCACUCACUCAAGUUAUUGGAAACACUGAUAAAAACCUUCUUCAUGAUAUGCCUGCAGGAAACUCAGUAGCCAUAGGCAUGGCCGGGCCGGGUGCAACGGUGCCUCCUGAUCAGUCUCAACCCAAUAUUCAAGAUCAAGGGAACCAAGGGAGAAGACACUAUAGAGGGGUGAGGCAAAGGCCAUGGGGCAAGUGGGCAGCCGAAAUACGAGACCCUAAAAAAGCAGCAAGAGUGUGGCUAGGUACUUUCGAAACAGCUGAGGCUGCUGCACUUGCAUAUGAUGAAGCAGCUCUUAGAUUCAAAGGAAACAAAGCUAAGCUCAACUUCCCUGAAAGAGUUCAAGGGAGAACCGAGUUGGGUUACAUAACAACUCAUCAAGACUCGCGGUUCAUGGCUCACUCGGUUGCUCCUCCUCCUCCUCAUCCAGUACUUCUGCCUCAAAAUAUAUAUCCUAAUAAUUUUGCUCAUUAUGCACAAGUUCUUGGUAGUGAGGAUCAUAAUUUGAACCACGCCAUACCAUCCGGUAUCUACCACAGAGGAACAUAUCUUUCACCGUCUAUGUCUUCAUCUUCAACAUCUUCCUCUGCAUCAACAUAUAAUUGGCAACAAGAAGGAGGAGAGGUUAGAAGACUUCCACCACAGUCUAGAAGUUCUUCUUCAAGUUGUGAUCCUCCAAAGAAUUGGGAAGAUUUUGAUCCUAAUGAUCACUCGAAAGGUGAAUUUCCUGAUAAUUCAUCGGAGAAAAAAGAAGAAGAAGAAGAAGAAGAAGAAGAACACAAUAACAUCUUUCCUGUCUACUCAGCUAGAUCCCAACAAGACAUGUCGGCCAUGGUUUCAGCACUCACUCGAGUUAUUGGAAACACUGACGUGCCUGCACCAGGAAGCUCACUAGCCAUAUGCAUACCCCAGCCGGUGCAACUGUGCAUCCUGAUCAGGAUCAACCCAAUAUUCAAGAUCAAGGAAGUGGUAUGUGGGAACCAAAGGAGAAGACACUAUAGGGGGGUGAGGCAAAGGCCAUGGGGCAAGUGGGCUGCCGAAAUACGAGACCCUAAAAAAGCAGCAAGAGUUUGGCUAGGCACUUUCGAAACAGCUGAGGCUGCAGCACUUGCAUAUGAUGAAGCAGCUCUUAGAUUCAAAGGAAACAAAGCUAAGCUCAACUUCCCUGAAAGAGUUCAAGGGAGAACUGAGUUGGGAUACCUAACAACUCGUCAAGACUCGCGUGUCAUGGCUCAACAAGUACUGUCUGCUGACUCGGUUCCUCCUCAUCCAGUCCUUCCGCAUCAAAAUAAAUAUCCUAAUUUUCCUCAUCAUGCAAAAGUUAGUGGGGAUCAUAAUUUGAAUCAUGCCACAUCAUCCGAUAUCUACCAUAGAGGAUCAUAUCUUUCGCAGCCUAUGUCUUCAUCUUCAUCUUCAACAUCUUCAUCCUCAACAUACAAUUGGCAAAAACAAGGAGGAGAGAUUAGAAGACUUCCAUCAGAAUCUAGAAGUUCUUCAAGUUGUGAUCCUACCAAGAACUGGGAAGAUUUUGAACCCAAGAUCACUCCAAAGGGUAGUUGA